CCCAAGCUUUUUGAAAAAAUUAAUGGCCAUCUGUCUGUCCAAAGAACUUCUGAAACAGUAACGUCUGACAACGGCCCCUUGAUCAUGCCAGUAGAAGAACCUAUGAAACAAACGUCCUUCCAACAUUACUUAAUUGUAAAACCUGUUGAAUUGAUGCCCAGGACCCAACACAUGGUGCAGAAUAAUCUGGUGAUAAACUCAACUAUGGCAAAUCCCAUCGACUUGUCGGCCGCAUCGAAACCAAAGGCAGGGAUGGCGGAAACCAUGAAUGGCUUGUUUAAAACAUUGAUGAACUUCAAUACAUUCGUAACUGUGGCGCCAGUGCCGGAAAAUCCAUUCAACAAACCGGUGAUGGAAGAAUCUUUGCCAAUCGAUGAGACCCAAAAAUCGGAAUCAAAGGAAAACCAGCCAGAGGUUUUUGGGAAAAAAGUUAGAAAAAAGAAGAGAAUAAGUAGCCAAGGUCAAGUUCUUCUGUACUGUCCGAAUUGUCACGAUGCCAAUGAAAAAAUUCGCGGCCUGAACGUAACGGUGUGUUUCUUGUGCAAGCAAAAUUUUCGUUACAUGUGCAAACACUGUGGCAAUUCGUACAAGACCCUGGGCUCGUGUACUCAACACUUGAAAAUUCAUUCGCAGUGAUGCAUGCACGUAUCCGUUAUUAAAGUAUUUAAUAGUUUGAUAAAAUAAUCAAAGAAUAAAGUAAAGUAUUUUGAUGAUUUGAUAGAAUCGUUUAACGAACAAAUAAAUGUUUAGAUUAUCUCGAGGAUUCAUUGUAAUUUGACAAUGAAAAAAAAAUUAUUUUUUUUUAAUACUUUUUUGUGUGUCUAGCAACUAUCAAUGCCAAAAGAAAUUAUAAAAAGUUUAUAUAUGUAUUGUUUUUGAUUAGCUUAUAAUUUUGAUUAAA